UGAGGGUCGCAAUCAUGUUGAGACCAUGUGCAUGUUCUCGUUUGUUGCUUUUACGUCAGAUAAAGCCAUCAAGAACGAUACUAGCAGCAUGCUAUUCUGUGAGAAAAGUAGGAGAAGUAGAAAAAGAUGUCACAAAAAUACGGAACAUUGGCAUAUCCGCUCACAUCGAUUCUGGAAAGACUACUUUGACAGAACGUUUGCUCUUCUACUCCGGUCGUCUACACGAGAUGCAUGAAGUGAAAGGUAAAGAUCAAGUGGGCGCAAAAAUGGACUUCAUGGAACUGGAACGACAGAGGGGAAUUACGAUCCAGUCGGCAGCAACGUACGUUCACUGGAAAGACAUAAACAUUAACAUCAUUGACACCCCGGGUCACGUGGAUUUUACAGUAGAGGUUGAACGGGCAUUGCGUGUUCUGGACGGUGCUGUGCUAGUGUUGUGUGCAGUUGGAGGUGUCCAAUCUCAGACCUUCACAGUAAACAGACAAAUGAAGAGGUAUGAUGUUCCGUUUAUCGCGUUUAUCAACAAACUCGACAGACAAGGUUCCAACCCACACCGGGUUUUGUCUCAACUAAGGUCAAAGCUGGGUCAUAAUGCAGCAUUCAUUCAGUUACCUAUUGGACUUGAAUCAAAUCAGAAAGGCAUUGUUGAUCUCAUUCGUCAAAAAGCUAUAUAUUUUGAAGAACCACUGGGAAUUAAUAUCAUAGAAGAUGAAAUUCCCCAGGAAAUGAGAGCCGAGGCAGCUGAAAGACGUCAGGAAAUGAUAGAACAUAUUGCAAAUGCGGAUGAACACAUUGGUGAGAUAUUUCUAGAGGAGAAAACGCCCACAGAGGCCGACAUUCUAGCUGCAGUGCGGAGGACUUGCAUAAAGAGAACAUUCAUCCCUGUAAUGAUGGGUACAGCAUUAAAAAACAAGGGGGUUCAGUUAUUACUGGAUGCAGUGGUGGACUUCAUGCCUAAUCCAAAAGAGGUGGCAAACUAUUGUCUUGACAAUUCACAGGGGAUCGAUAAAGCUGUCAAGGUUUUGAUGGAUCCAACCCGAACAGCUGAUAAUCCUUUUAUUGGCCUGGCUUUCAAACUGGAAGCAGGCCGGUUUGGUCAGCUAACUUACAUCCGUGUGUACCAGGGAGGGUUAAAAAAAGGAGACACUAUUUUUAAUACAAGGACACAGAAGAAGACCAAACUAUCGAGACUUGUCAGAAUGAACGCGGAUGAGAUGGAGGAGAUCACCGAAGCCUUUGCGGGAGAUAUCUGUGCUCUGUUCGGCAUCGACUGUGCUAGUGGCGACACCUUUGUCACCAAGGGAAACAUGCACCUGUUGAUGGAGUCCAUGUUUAUAGCAGAGCCAGUUAUAUCCAUGUCGAUCAAACCAGCCAAGCAGCAAGAUGUUGAUAAUUUCUCGAAAGGAAUUGCCAGAUUCACAAAGGAAGAUCCUACUUUCCGAAUCCACUGGGACAAUGACAGCAAGCAGACCAUUGCAUCUGGUAUGGGAGAACUUCACCUGGAUGUGUAUUCCCAGCGACUGGAGCGUGAAUACAAUGCUCCUUGCGUAUUAGGCAAGCCUAAAGUUGCUUUCAGAGAGUCUAUGGUCGAACCUGCCGAGUUUGACUAUGUCCACAAAAAGCAGACAGGAGGUCAAGGUCAGUAUGGCAGAAUCAUUGGUGUGAUGGAGCCAUUGCCACCAGAAGAAAACACAAAGAUUGAAUUUUCAGAUGAGACCGCUGGAACCAACAUCCCAAAACAGUAUGUUCCAUCAAUAGAGAAGGGUUUUCGCAAAGCAUGUGAGAAAGGAGCACUGUCUGGCCAUAAGGUGGCUGGUGUUAGAUUCCGCCUGAUGGAUGGUAAUCACCAUCCUGUAGACUCUAGUGACUUGGCCUUCCAGACUGCUGCUGAGCUGGCCGUUAAGGAACUCUACCAGUCUGGCCAGUGGAUGCUUCUCGAGCCGGUGAUGCUCGUGGAAGCUACUGCACCUCUCGAGUUCCAGGGUCCUGUGAUGGCAAGCUUGGCCAAGAGACACGCCAUCAUCACUGGGACGGAUUCGGUGGAGGGCUAUUUUUCAGUGUUUUGUGAGGUUCCUCUUAACGAGAUGUUUGGCUACGCAUCCGAACUGCGGUCGCUGACUCAGGGUAAAGGGGAGUUUACGAUGGAGUACAGCCGAUACUGUCCCGCCCUGCCAGAAACUCAGGAAGAACAGAUUGAGCUCUUUGAACAGUCGAGGGGAGCAGGCCAGGACAAAAAGAAGAAACGAAACUGAUGACAUCAGCAAAAUUACUUCAACGGUUAUCAAGACAGUGCAUUGUUAUUUAUGUUUUUAGUUGUUACCAAUUACCUACAGAGACUUUUGUCAAAUGGGGGUAUUCACAUAUUUAUGUACCAGUGUUGUCUAUCAAAUACGGUCAAUCCUAGUUUUAAAAUAUGGUCCUGUGUUAGUUACAAAGUCUUUAAAAAUUAUUUGUCGAGUGUGCUAACAAAAUGACUGAAAUUUUAAAUUAAUACAUUAACAUGUACACUGUCAGCAAACUUAAAUUUUGUUUUAGUCUUAAAUUAUGUGUGGUAUACAUGUUAAAUCUACAAAAAAAAUUGACUGGUACUUGUAUGCAGUGUACAAUCCAGUGUGAAGGAUCGAUGCACCUGUAUACAGGGGCAUAGUGACAGGACAUACAUUGGGGAGGGAUCGAGGGUACAGAAAACCUCAGCUUUAUAACUCAUUUAUGUACAUGUAAAUUACAUUGUAAUUGCACUUUAUGGAUGACCCAGGGUGCAGAAAUGGAAAAUAUUUAAACAGCCCGCCAGACCAGACCAACUAAAAUUUACUAGCCCGCCAGAAUUUCUACUAGUCUGCCAAUCUAUAGAACAAUAUAUUAUUACCAAUAUUGUAAUAUACAGUGACUUCACUUCAAAUGAUAUAUAUAGAUAUAUUGACAAAACAAUAUUACCGUAGUAACACUUGGGAAGUGAUCAUCAUCACGUGUCGAACAAAAUAAAAAAGACAAGACCGUCGGGCUGGUAGUUGCAUUUUUUAAAUAGUCUGUAAGAAUUUUUACUCCCAUUUGGCGAGCAGGUGGGUACUUUCUGCAGCCCUGUGACCCUAAUUGUAACUUUAACUUGAUUGGAUUUUUAAUGUAUAAUUUAAUAGAUGGUUGUAUACAUGUGUACAUACUAGUACAUAUACAUUACAUAAAGCAUGUAAAAAAAAUUUUUAUUUAACAAAGUGUGUUACUUGUUAAUGAGAUUUGUGUUUUAACUGUAUAAAUAUUUGUACUAUUAA